AGGUUGGAGGUGAAGUGAGUCAGGAGAGGAGAUAUAAAGCGGCCGGGAGGAGCUGGCAGUAACAGUCACUUGCUUCAGUCAAGGAGAAGAGGAUAAUAUUCUGCUUACAUCGGUUACUCCACUUAAACUCGUGACAAUGCGUGUGUCUUGGUUCCUCGUGGCUGCACUCCUGGUAGUGGCGGUAGCCCAGGUGUUCGCUGUCCCGCUUGACAACAACAACAACCCAGAAGAAACGUAUACGGGAUCCAAGACCAUUAAUGCUCUUAAGAAUUUAUUCCGGCCCAUGACUGACUACUUCGUCAAAAAAUUCCCCACCAAGACGCCUACAGAAGUUGCCACUGAUGUAAAGAAAACGGUGGCGGUUGCGAACAAGUGGGCGAAGGAAAAUGUAAUGAUCCAAGCACUCGUUAGUUCCUUGAAUCCCGUCAGGUCCUGGAUUAAGGAGAAAGCCGACGUUAUGAAGAACAAAACCUUCCAGGAGAUGUAUAAUGAUGUUAAGACCAAAGUCGGAAACAUUGAUAAUAAAAUUAGCACCUGGAUCAACGAGCGGAACUCACAGUAGACCAAAUGUUCUUCCCUUCAUCUUUCCCUGCCACCAAUGUCAUCCUCCUCCCUUCUCAUCGCCAUUGACUCAUGUCCCCUCACUGACCCAGCUCUUGCCUUCCCUUCAUAAUAUUAUAUAAAAUAAACUAUAUGUAAGGGUUUUAAUUAUCAUAUUCGGGUAUAUUACAAAUACUGAAAACCUGAGAUGAUCAUUUUUAAUUCACAGUUGUUUAUAGGUAGAAAAAAUCCCACCAAACUUAUCAACUUUUUCUGCCUGUUAAAUGUGUAAACAAAAUGUGAAAUAUAUAUUUGUACUUUUA